GCUCGGAGAAUUAAGUAGUUCACAACGUGACAAAUUCUGAUACAACAGGAAAAACCCUACAAAUCUUUGAAUUUGAAUUUAGGGUUUUUCCCAGUGAGAUCGAAAUUAUGAGCCGAUUCAGCCGAGCUUCCAUAUUUGCUUCCCAAAUCUUGAGGCCCAUUGAGAGCAAGAAGCAGCAUCUUCUUCCAGCUUCCCAGCAUUUCUUAGCUCAAAGAAGCUCCAAUCGUUUCUUCGACAUUUACAAGCUUGGAAACAAAGCAGCUAUAGAGAAAGAGCGUGCCCGGCUUGCAGAUGAGUUGAAUAGGGGAUAUUUUGCUGAUAUGUCAGAGCUUGAAAAACAUGGUGGGAAGAUUUCUGUGGCAAAUAAAACCAUAGUUCCUGCAACUGCAGCGGUAAAGUUUCCUGACUUAGAAGUUAACUACUCUGAUGGAAAAAUAUUAAAGCUUCCCGUUAGCUCCAAUGGGAAUGGAAAUGUCACUGAAGUCAACAAAUUGGAAACCCCCAAGGCUUCUUUAGUUUGCCUUUCAUUUCGAGCAAGCUCCCAGGGAAUGAUUAAUUCUUGGAGCGCCCCUUUUCUUGAUGCUUUUAGUGGUUCCAAGGAUGUUCAACUAUACGAGGUAUCAUUAAUAGACUCAUGGUUCUUAUGUCGGAGUCCAAUUAAGAAGCUUUUGCUCCGGAUUAUGAGGAAACCAAAGUAUGAUGAAAGUGCUGAACCUAAAAGGCAGAUUGUAUAUUCAUUUGGUGACCAUUAUUACUUCAGAAAAGAACUUAAAGUACUGAACCUUCUGACCGGGUAUAUAUUCCUGCUCGACAAAUUUGGUAGAAUAAGAUGGCAAGGCACUGGAUUGGCUACGGAAGAGGAGUCGUCAUCCCUUCUUUCGUGCACGAAACUGCUCUUGGAAGAGAAAUAAGGCGGUGGAACCUCAUCCCUUCCCUUGACAUAUACAUCUUCAGGUGAUACGAGCUCAUAAUUCAAGGAUGCUAGACUCGAGCAAUUUAACUCAUAAUGCCACAUAACUGUAUUUCGUGUUUAGUUUUGAAAUGUAGAUUUGGCAUUCCAGUGCAUUUUACUUCUUUAGUUGAACCCUUUUUGAAGGGUCGGGGGACACUUUGGUUCAACUUAGAAAUCGAAGUUGGCAGUGAUUUUGUCAUAAUAACCUCGUCAUGUGUCGAGAUUAAGGUUAGGUGAAGAGUUUUCGUUGUAACAAUAAAAAUGAGAACGUGUUAUGAUUCAA